GGAAAGAAGUAUGAGGUUUUCCACUUCCUAUCGUGCUGCUCUCGUAGUUUUUGCAGGCCCUUAGCUCUUGGGCCAACGAUUUUCCUUUAGUAUUUGCUUUACAGCACAGUGAAUUUGGCUGUUAUAAUUAAUUUAUAAAUAUGUAAGUUGUUUUAUUCAUAUAUUAGGAAUUACUUUGAAAAACAUUUUUCUGCCACACGAGGUGCUGAGCGGAAUUGACCAGCUCGCGCACGGGCGGUCUUAACUUAAAAGGGCAACUGAAAGCGCGAGAGGUGGGCGCGCUCUCGUGAGUGGGGUCCACUCGUCCCGACCAGUGCACCCUGCUUCAGUGGUGAUGUCGUCGUCGCGGGAUGCACUGCGACGGCAGCGGCGGCGGGAGCUGGAUGCACGACGGAGCAAAUCGAGGGUUCGCCUGGGAGCCUGCCUGCAGAGCUGGGGCCAGCUGAAGGAGAGCCUGGGCUUUGUGCUGCACUCAGAGCUCGCCCAGUUCCUGUUGGAGAGCUACUACUCCAAAGUUUGUGUCAAGUGUUCAGGCACUCUGGAGGAUGACGAAAGGGCAAGAGUCAUGGCAACAUCAGGGGCAUCACUCCAUCGCCUGGUGUUGCUGGUCCACGACCAUGGGCAGCAGUGUCCCUACCCACCUGCCCUUAAACCCUAUACCCCUUUGGAGGACCACAUUGUUUGUGGAGGAAGGCUGGUGGAGAAGGGAGCAAGGCAGAAGGGAGCCAGGAGAAGAGGACUGAGGAACUCUAAGAAACAUACGCAGCCUGAUGUUUCUUCUCAGGAGAAGGAGCUGGCGCAACCAAGUGAGGGGUCAAAAUCAAACCUUGAGCUGUGGUACACCUGCAAGGGAGGGCAUAGUUUCUCAUGGUGCCCUUGCCAGGAUGUGAGAGAGGGUGACAACAAUGGCGUCGUACAGGGAGAACUUCUUCCUGAUGAUGCAGUGGGGUCUGGGGAGCCAGGGAGAAAAGGGUCUAAGGGCACCAAGACAGAGCUUGACAAAGAAGAAGUGCAGCCUGCUGAGGACACCGGAAGCAGACCUUGUGAUGAGGGCCUGUUAACCUCAGAGGGGGGAGGUCAGCUCGAGGAAGAGGAAAUGGUCCUUAGAGCUCCAGAGACUGAAGAAGACAGAUUAGAGGAAGGAUUUGCACAGGCGAUGGAAUCAGAUGCAAUAAGUGAUGUUCUGCUUGCAGAUCCCACACAGCCACAGGAAUCAUGGCAGCCUUCAGACAGUGAAGAGAAGGACUUGGAUUGUGUUGAAGACAAGAGCUACAGCACAGUCUCCAAAAAAGAAUGUCUUGCAGUAUUGUGGAGAACCACCAGGGGGAGAAAGAGAGAAGCUACCGAGGCCCCAUUGCUGAACUCCAGGGCAGUCAAAGGGGGUAGCAGGAGAAGAGCAAAGGGGAUGGGAGAUGAUGACACAUCUCAGAUUAGUGGCAAAAGGAAAAGAAAGGCCACACCUAGAGAUAUUCUGCCUUGUGAGUUUGAUGGCUGUGGGAAGAUAUUCUCAACCCGCCAGUACCUCAAUCACCACAUGAAGUACCAGCACUUCCAGCAGAAGACCUUUUCCUGCUCCCACCCGGCCUGUGGGAAGUCCUUCAACUUCAAAAAGCACCUGAAGGAACAUGAGAAACUGCACAGCAAUCAGAGGGACUACAUCUGCGAGUUCUGUGCCCGUGCUUUCCGCACCAGCAGUAACCUGAUCAUCCACCGGAGGAUCCACACUGGAGAGAAGCCUCUGCAGUGCGAGGUGUGUGGCUUCACCUGCCGCCAGAAGGCCUCUCUCAACUGGCAUAUGCGCAAGCAUGAUGCUGAAAGUGGCUACCAGUUCCCCUGCGAGAUCUGCGGACGUCGCUUUGAGAAGAGGGACAACGUGACUGCGCACCGCAGCAAGAGUCAUCCUGACCAAUCCAUCAGUUCUGCCCCUGUGGCUGAUUCUGAUUGUGCUGCAACCACUGUAGACUCCCUCACACCCAUCACAGACUCCUCAGGCCUUGUGCUGGGUUCCAUGGAAAGCAGAGGCUACAUCACAAGUUGAAUAACCGAGGGUAUCUGUCAUUGUGACUGAAGUCCCAUCUGCUGUGGUGAUCGGUCUUGUGAUCGGCAGGUGAUGUUGGUCAGGGCUGUUGUGUGUACUGUGAACCAAGCUACAGCAUGACCCCCACGCUGUAAAAUGCCUACACACUGCCUCCACACCAUCUGCAAUGGUUAGAUGUCUUCAGGCAGGAGCUGUAUAUAAUUUGUUGAUUGCUAUCUUAUACUCAAGCAUUUACCUGCUGUCUUUCUCACUUUAUAUCUGCUCAUGUCCUUCACAGACAUCCAUUUACUGGAAAUUUGCUUUAAUAAACCUUAGUCCAAAAUGGGAAAUGCCACAUGAAGGUGUGCACAUUUCCAGUUUAAUUUGUGCCACCUUCUCCUUCCUGCAGUAAGUCACUUGAUAGUUUAUCUUUUUGUUUUUAAAAAAAUCAUUACAUUUUUUCCCUAAUUUUCACUAAGCACAUAGGUGAGAGGAUGAGGAAUAUUAAAUGUGCAUUUUGACAUUUUCAUUUGCAUGGUUCUUGUAAAAACAUUUGGUAAAUACACAUAUCAUGCAGUUUGUAGCCUGCAUGUCUGAGAUGCCUGAUAAUUAGUCACUGUUAAUAGGGAAGGUCAUAGUAAAUGGAAGCUUUUUAAUUUUACGUAGGAUGUACUACUUAAUACCAGUUUUAGAUCGACUGCAAAAAAAGGGACAGCAUGAACAGCGCUGUUCUUAUAGUGCCUAGUGAGUCUAGGAAAAGAAGUGAGAAGGUAAAAUGUUUUUUUUUUUUUUUUUUUUUUUAGUUGUUUGACUUUGUCUAUUGAUGUUUAGCUAACUAAUCAGAAGGUAUCAAUAUGAAAUUAGGUUGAAUGUUCGACAAGUUAGAUCAUAUAUGCCCUGUACAACUAAAUCUUGUCAGUUCCCUAGUGUAACAUACUGGCAUGUGUGCCAGUAGAAAGUGACCAGAAAUGAGGCAGCACAGUGUUGACUUAUACUUUUAUUUUAUAAUAAAACUAACAAAUUCCAAUUUGAAACACACAAGACCCCAACUUCACUUAGUCCAUUCAUUGUUCACAUUCCAUUUAUACUUUUUCCUCCAUUUAAAUACCUUAGCCAGACCUGAGUCUCGGGUGCAUCUGAUAAUCCAGUGGAUGGGUGUGAUCUACCCUUUUGCAUGCCACGCAUAUGUAGUAGCCUCUACUGUGUUAAAAUUACACUUUUAAAUAAUACAUUUCUUUUCCGGUACAUUUUUGUUUUUGUAUUU